AUGUCGGCAUCUGUUCAAGAUGGAGGACAAGGGAUAUCUUCCUCUCAGUUUCAGGAUUGUUCUGGAGAUGACGUGUCCUCGCCACAAUCAUGUUCAUGUUGUUGCACAGGUGGGAAAGAUAAUGGCUCCUGGGGGAACCAGAGCAUUGGUGUUACAGAGUUCAUCCUGGCAGGUUUCCCAAAUCUCAACAGCACAAAAGCAGAACUGUUUUCUGUCUUCCUUCUCGUCUAUCUGCUGACUCUAACAGGCAACGUGUUGAUUGUUGGAGUGGUAGGAGCUGACACUCGCCUGCAGACUCCUAUGUACUUCUUUCUGGGUAACUUGUCCUGCCUAGAAAUCUUGCUCACUUCUGUCAUCAUUCCCAAGAUGCUGAGCAAUUUCCUAUCAAGGCAACACACUAUUUCCUUUGCUGCAUGUAUUGCCCAGUUCUAUUUCUACUUCUUUCUUGGGGCCUCAGAGUUCCUGCUGUUGGCUGCCAUGUCUGUGGAUCGCUACCUGGCCAUCUGUCACCCUCUGCACUACCCCUUGCUCAUGAAUGGCACUGUGUGCUUUCGGGUGGCCUUGGCCUGCUGGAUGGGGGGACUUUUCCCUGUGCUUGGCCCCACAGUGGCUGUGGCCUUACUUCCUUUCUGUGAACAGGACGCCAUGGUGCAGCACUUCUUCUGUGACAGUGGUCCACUGCUCCGCCUGGCAUGCACCGACACCGAGAAGCUGGAGAAAACAGACUUUGUACUGGCCUUUCUCGUCAUUGUAUCCUCACUGAUGAUUACUGCUGUGUCCUAUGGUCACAUAGUUCUGGCUGUCCUGCGCAUCCCCUCUGUUUCAGGCCGACAGAGGGCCUUCUCUACCUGUACCUCCCACUUGAUGGUGGUGACCCUCUUCUAUGGAAGUGCCAUUUUUCUUUAUGUGCGACCAUCACAGAGUGGCUCUGUGGAUACUAACUGGGCAGUGACAGUGGUAACAACAUUUGUGACACCACUGAUGAAUCCAUUCAUCUAUGCCUUACGCAAUGAGCAAGUCAAGGAAGCUUUGAAAGAUAUGUUUAGGAAAGUGGUAGCGGGCUUUUGGGGGGAACUUUUGCUACCUAAGAGUUUCAGUAGGAAGGAGUGAAGUGAAAGUGAAGGGGGAUGUAAUAACCAGUCAUAAGUCCAAGUCUUCUCCGUUGUCAUUCUUUUUCCUGUGGUUAUCAUGGACAUCACCAAAUGACCAAAUUCUGUAAUCCCAAAAGAAUUCCAAAGUCAUCAAGUCUACCCUUCUUCUCCUUCAGGCAAAAUUUCUUGAAUCUAUCUCAUACAUACCCCCAUAUUAUUAUUGAUAUAUCAUGAUCAAUACCAUCAUUACAUCUUAAGGUCCUCCAGCCGGUGAGAUCUUAACCUAAGAAUCCAUGGUCACCAGGGAGUCUAGAGAUGGACUUCAGAAAAUUUAUAAGCUGCCUUACUAUUUAAAUUUUAUGUGUUUGACUUCAUAUGCAUUUGUCUGGGAAGAGGAUCCACAGUUUUAAUCCAAUUCUUGGGAGAUCUGUGUGACCUUUGCCAAAAGUUAGAAACUGAUUAAAAUUUUCAGUAGUAUCUUUUGGUUAUUUAUGAAAAACAAGAAUUUUAAGAAAAAUUUCCUUAUAAUCUUAAAAAUAAAUAAAAAUAAAAUAGAUUACCUGUGUAUUUUUGUAUACACUUUAUGGAAAACAUUGCAUUUACUGUCAGGUGGAAAAGAGGUAAAGCAAACUGAGGAAGGGACUUAUGCACUUCCCCACAGUAAUCCCAGUGUCUUUGCAAAAGCAGAUCCAAGAGAAAGUUCAUGAAUAUUAGCAUUUAAUGUGGUUUUCUAAUUUGCACUUUAUUAUAAAGAUGAUUUAAAGAUAUCACUCAUUUUUUCACUGGAUUGUGUUCCUUUCCUUUGUCCACUUUUUAUAUCCUUAUAUCUGUUGUGUUCAGUCUUGUUUUGUUUUUAGUAAAAUUGGAAUUGGGACAAGGACCUUUAAUAUCAAAGAAUUACAAAUGUCAACUAUUGCUGUACCUGCCAGGAACUAGACUUUGUGGUACGUUUUAUGUACUUCACUAGGUAUUUGAAAGGGAGUGAAGAUUCAUAUUUGUGGUACCCCUGGAAAUCCUGGACAAACAUUCACUUAUUUCUUCAUUCACUUAUUUUUUUUCCAUUUAUUUAUUCAUUUGCUCCGCAAAGGUCUUUUAGGCAUCUGACAUAUGCUAUAUAUCAUAUAUAGUGAUAUAUGCUCAGAGGAACAAGAAAUGGUUCCUCACCUCAUGCAGCUUUGAUUUUAGAGGGGAAGACUGAGAGACAAAUAAUAAUGCAAAGGAAUGGGGAUGACAAAGGGGCUUAUAAAACAACAUUGGAAAUUAUAUGAAAACUGAUUUACCCUCUCUAGUAUUUUCUUGUUAAAGAAAUGUUCAGAGGCUGUCAUUCAUUAAAUAGGGAUUAAUUCCAUGUUAGAGUGUGUUUGUAUACACAGACACCAUAUAUAUAGAAACAACACAUCAACCUCAACAUUGGCAAGCUGAGCAUUAGCAUGCAAAGAGAUAGCCAUAAAGCUUCAGUGGGCUCUGGAAAUAGUAAUGCUUUCAUCUAGUUCUAUUAAUAAUACACACAAACACACACUAAAUAAUUCAAUCCCCAAAGAUUUCUGAGUGAAAACGAAAGGGAUGGAAGGAAUGACCAGUGGUUUGAGAGAAAAAGAAUUCUUCAGGAGUGAUCUAGGAGCGCUGCCCAGAGAGCAGAUGAACUAUUUAUUACCUUAAAAUCUACCUAAUUUCAUGAAGCCUAAAAACCUUCAGCCAAUCCCAGACACUGACCAAAGAGAGGAAUUUGUAUCACAGUUUAUGAUAUUUUUGGAAGGAACCACUCCCAUAUUUUGGCAAUAAAGUGUGUUAAA